GCCACUUCCGCAAAGCUUGGUCCUGGAUGGUGGAUGGACAGUCCCAUCGCCAGCAACGUCACCUACCGCGCCGGCUAUAAAAAGUGUGCCUCCAUCGGCGGCGCUUCGUGGGCUUGGUGGCUGCUUCGUUUCGUCACCAUCUAACCCGCUACUCUUCGCUAUGCAGGUUAGUGUUCCGCAAUCUCUCUUCACUAAGAAGAGCAGUAAUUACUUUUUGCUGCAGCUACCGAGCCCACGUUGCUGCUGUACAACUGUUAUUGAAUGCGUCCGUGCCGUGAGAUUGUUAUUGUUGCUUGUAUCGGGAGACAUCGAGUCAAAUCCGGGCCCUGAUGCUGUUCUCGCUGAACUGCAAAAGCUUUCCGCGGGCCAGUCAACCCUCUUAAAUGAAGUGCAGGGACUCAAAAGCCAACUACUAACAACAGAACACGCCCUAUCCGACCUAGCUAAGCGAAUCGCCGAUAUGGAAAAACAUUACCAAGCUCUGCUACCCCUAAAAGCCGAACUUGAACUAAUUAAAAAAAACAGCGUUCAAGCAGCGCGCAAGACAGAUGACCUUGAGGCACGUUUGGAUGACGCAGAGAACAGGUCACGACGUAACAAUUUAAUUUUUUAUGGUGUACCAGAUGCCAAUCCCUCAGAAUCGUAUGCUCAAUCUGAGCAACUUAUCAUUCGCCAUUGCCAUGACCACUUAGGCAUAGAUAUAAACCCUAAAGAUAUUGAUCGUGUGCAUCGCUUGGGCCGCCAUUCAGGCAGCAGAUGUAGGCCAAUAAUUGCGAAGUUCACUUUCUACAAGACAAAACAAGAAAUCCUUUCAAACGGACGUAAGCUGAGAGGAACGACAUACAGUAUUGGAGAGGAUUUCUCGCGUCGUGUUCAAAAUGCCAGAAGGCAGUUGGUCGAGUUUGCAAGGCAGAAGUCCUCUCCGUUUUCGUUACGCUAUAAAACACUGCACAUCGGCUCGAAACGCUACUCGUUCAAUGAAACCACAAAAACAGUACAAGAAAUUCAAUAG